ACCAAAACAAAGAUGAAGAGGAAUUCCAUAUCCCCACUCCUCUUCUCUCUACUCAUCUUCUUUCAUCUAUCUUCUGUAUACUCCUCUCCAUCUCCACCGGCUUCCCUAUGCCCGAUCGAUCUCAACUACGUCAAAACCUUCCCAUGGGACACAUCGGCCUGCGAAGAUGGUUCGCUGCAAAGGAACAACGAUCACUGCUGCCAGACACUCCUCAGCGUGUUUGGGAUGGGCCUUUCCCAAAACCUGAAGGACACCGACAUGUUCCAGCUACCCAACAUAGCUUCGGCAUCCGCCUGCCUCGCCCAGCUCCAGUCCAUGCUCAAUUCCCUAUCCCUACGGUCGUCGCUGGUAUCUGAGUGCUUCAACGACUCAGCUGAGUUCGUAACGGGAUAUUCGAAUUGUGCAGGCAUCGCCACCAUCCAUGACUGGAGGCGUGUAGUGGGACCUACAAGCCUGCUCGACUCAUCGUGCAGGGGGGAUCUGUCGGAUCUGACGUCAUGCCAGGGGUGCGUCAAUGCAGGUGUGAAGGUGCAGGCUCUGCUGGUGGCAAAAGAUCGGAACGCGUCUCAUGAGACCGAGUGUUUCUAUUUCUCCGUCCUCUACGCGGCCGGUAUAGUCAAUGGGCUUAGUCCCGAAGACACCGAGAACGCUGCGUGUAUACUUGGGCUGGCGUUGGCAACAUCGGAGGGGCGGACGAGGAGGUGGGUAUACGAAUUGAUAUUCGCGCUCGUCGGCGCGCUUGUGGUGGCAAUCGUGGGGUCUGGAUCGAUCACGCUCUACAUCUGGUGGAACAGAUGGAGGAAACGGAGGGCGGCUCACACCCAAUUCGUUGGCAGUUUCAAGGCUAAGGUGAAACCGAACACGGGUGCGAAAUGGUUCGGGAUCGGAGAGCUGGAGCAGGCCACCAACGGCUUCUCGCAGAAGAACAUGAUCGGCCGUGGUGGGAACGGUGUAGUCUACAAGGGGACCCUUCUUGACGGCUCCCAAAUCGCCGUCAAGAAGAUUCUCGAUCCAGAUUCCAAAGCUGACGAUGAAUUCUCUAAUGAGGUUGAGAUCAUCAGCGGCAUCAGGCACCGGAACCUACUUCCACUGCGUGGUUGCUGUGUGACGAGCGAUGAUUUCAAAGGCAAGGAGCGAUACCUUGUCUACGACUACAUGCCCAAUGGCAGCCUCGACGAUCAUAUCUUCUCCGUUGCAGAGUCCAGUGACAAUCACAAGACGAAGAAACCACUGAAUUGGCCACAACGAAAGAGCAUUAUAGUAGAUGUUGCAAAGGGAUUAGCAUACCUUCACUACGGCGUGAAGCCAGCAAUCUACCACAGAGAUAUCAAAGCAACAAACAUCCUCCUCGAUGACGAGAUGAAGGCGAGAGUGGCAGAUUUCGGGCUAGCGAAGCAGAACAAAGAAGGGCAGACGCAUCUGACUACUAGAGUCGCCGGAACGCACGGGUACUUAGCCCCUGAGUACGCCCUUUACGGCCAGCUAACAGAGAAGAGCGACGUUUACAGCUUCGGCGUCGUGAUUCUUGAGAUCAUGAGCGGGAGGAAGGUGUUGGACAUGCUGUCAUCGUCGACACGGCCUGUCUUGAUCACAGACUGGGCUUGGAUGCUAGUGAAGGCGGGGAGGACAUCGGAGGUGGUGGACGAGUCGGUGCGGGACGGCGGGGCGAAGGGGAUCAUGGAGAGGUUUGUGCGGGUGGGAAUUCUCUGUGCACAUGUGAUGGUGGCAUUCCGGCCUACCAUUGCUGAUGCUCUGAGAAUGCUGGAAGGUGAUAUCGAUAUACCGGAAUUGCCUGAUCGGCCACUGCCCCUUGGCCAUGAGUCUUUCCGUUCUCCGACGUUCUCUUAUUACAAUCCGUCCAGUGAUAAUUCAGUGCUCCUUGGCCGUGAGUCUUUCCAUUCUCCGUCGUCCGCUUUUUACAAUCCGUCGAGUGGUAAUUCACGCAGGAGCAUCUAAUCUAGGCUACUUUUCUUGAUUUUCUGGUGUCUACCUUCAUGUAUUCGUGGGCCACCAGAAACUAGUGGAUCGCUGGAUAUAACUGUUGAUUAAUUAACAGGUCGCCCAAGUCACAGAUGGCUGUUGCUGCUUGGGACUAACGAUUGAAAUUGUUAUGGAUUUGUACUUAUAUCAAACA